CUUUGGCUGCAGAGGACUGAGCCUGACCUCAACAAAUUUAGAGGCAAAUGGGUCAUUUUUCCUGUUGUGCUUUGUGCCGUCGCUGAAAAUGUCAAACCGUGAUCCUUUCCCCAGUCCAAAGUUUGAGAAUGGUUUCACUCUGAGUGGGUUCAGGCCGCAGCAGAAAAAAACAUUUGAUACACCAACCCACAUUGCCCAAACUGAGCAACCGUGGAAUCGGCUCCAUGAUGCGGCUACAUUUGCCAGCUGCCAGCGGAGUGUUAUGUAUGAUAAGCAACAGCUUCCAAGUGACAGUCUCGACUUCCACCUAAAAUCCACUUACGACCACCACAAGGAUGUCUUCCAGAGCAAGAACCAGAUAUUAUACCAGAAGGAGACUUUGUAUAAAGACUGUAUGGCACUGCAGAACUCUGAGAUGCAAACCAUCCAUGAAAACAAACUGACGAAAGACAUCAGAGUGUACGUUGACCCACAAAGGCGCUCCAUUUACAACAUUAAGUGA